AUGGCUAGAGGCACAUUUCUCGGGAGGUCGCGUACACUCCGCCAAGCCGAGGGCAUCUCCGCCCCAGUUCUGAAGCACUCCGAUGCGCAGCCACGCAAAGAUCUCAAGUGUAUCGAGGAUGGCGCAAACCAGGGCCUUCCGCCGCCACCGCCGCCACGCGAUUUCCAUCGCCCUGGGACAUCGGAGAGUCGCCAUAAGAAAAAGCUUCAGGCGCUGAGCCCAGGUCUCAUCACGCAAUACCCCCCGCUUCCGGCAUCGCCCAUUUCCUCGCCGACAGGCACUGAUUAUGCCGCGAAUGGAAGUUUGAUCGGUGUCGCUUUAGGCAGUCCUCGGAUGAUCGAGACGCACAGUCCCUUGGCACAGGUGCAAGUGCAGGAAGCCCCUCCUGUGAUGCCUGCAGAAAAGCCCGCAGAACCCCAACCCCAACCGCGACCGACUUUACAGCGCAAGCCAAGUAAAUGGAAGAAAAUCGGAGGCCUGUUCAAAGCCAAAAACGCCCUGGCUUCCGCCCCCAACCAGCCCUUCUAUCAGGUCAAGCUCGAAAACGAGUUUCCAAUGCAAGGCUCUACGUUCUCGUUUGACCCCCAGCCAAGAGCCAAACUCGAGCACCCUGCCAGUCCUAGCUCUGAACUGGAGGCCUGGCCGUCUGUGGCAUCAGAGAUCCAACCAACCGUGCCACAGCCCAAGCAGCAAGAUGCGAGUCCUCCGAACGUGCCGCCCCAGGAUAAGGAGCAAGCUUCUGGCCUCGGGCCGUUGUUGCAUGUCGAUAUCCCGGAUAUCCAACUGGAGCGAUAUAGUGUCAUGUUCGGAGGCGUUCUCAGGAAGAACAGGUCAUCCUCGGUGGAUAGGCAAAGCCAAGCCUUCCAUGGCGUGAGCGCACCAGACACAGAUUCUGCGGCCUUGCCGGACUUGGUUCCGCCUCCACGACGGGCGUCUUCCCCGACACGGUCUAAAUCUCCCAGCUUUACCCUGUUCCCCGCGACACAGGUCACCAAAGCCUCGAAGCUCCUUGGUAGUCAGAACAUCCCCCGUGGUCCCAGUCCCAUCCACAAAAGCCAGGCGUCGUUGGCCGAGUCCCGUCAGGAGGACAUGUCGAAGGAAAAGAAUAGUGUCGUCCUCAUGGUGCACGGCUCACACAAGCCGCAAAACUCGAUGUCCUCGUUCCUUUCGUCCACCACUAUCGGUUCAGAUGAUGAAGAACUGCUUCUACAGAAGCUGAAACCAGUCCGCAACUACUUCGACGCGAAAGAGCCCGAAUGGGAAAUCAUCAACAGGCGCACAUCCCCGACGGAGCAAGGACCAGGGUCGAAACAGCCGCCGAAACUAGCCAUCGACACCCAAACGUGCGCUUCAUCUGAAACCGCCAAGAGCGAAUCGAUUCCGUCUCCUGCAAACACCCCUGCUCCGGACCACGGCCCCCAAGAAAUGAAGGAGUCCGCGUCCCCCACCAGAAGUGAGAGAUCCUCUCCCGUCGCGCCGAAACACAUGGCCCGCCGCGACAGGAACAGCAGCACCAACAACGCCACCGACGCAAAGCCCACCGAGCCCACCGAGCCAACCAACCCCGCCCCCGCCGUCGAAAUCUCCAUCGCACGAUCCGUCUCCGUCUCACGCGACCGCUGGACCGGCGACCCCCGGUUCCCUCCGACGGCGAGCACCACCACCACCCCCACCACCAGCAUCACCCCCCACGGCCCCGCCUUCGACCAUUGCGAAAUGCGCCCGUUGAAAUGA